AUAUAAUGGAACUAGCAAGCUCAUCGAAUGAGCUGGACACUCUCAUCAAAGGAGUUCCUAUCCAAUGCCUUGUGCGUAUCAAGCCAAGCAUUGGAUACCAAAAGGAAGACAUCCGAAUUGAUGGGAAUAGAGUCAGCAUCUUAGACGUCAACAAUAGAGUUAAAGAAGAAUUUGAUUGUAAUGAAAUCUAUACUCCAGAACAAACAAUGAGUCAGAUCUUUGAUACCUCCUUCGGCCCCUACCUAAGAGCCUUUACUGAAGGAGUCAAUGUUUCUGUCUUCACAUUUGGGUCAACUGGGAGUGGUAAAACUCAUGCGUUAGAAGGUAAUCAGACAGACCCAGGAAUAAUAUCAUUGAUUGCUGAUAACGCCUUCACUAUUCUCGAAGAUAAGAGAUAUAGACAAAGUGGAGCACAUCCUGAUGCUAGUGGAACAAACUUCUCUUUCUCUAUUAAAGCUAGAUUUGUAGAGAUUGUUGAUGAAGAAGUCUUUGAUUUACUACAACCAACUGGUGCAUAUGGGCAUCAUACACUAAAUGUUGUAAUGAAUGAGUGGGAGGGCCCAACUGUUAACGGAGUACCUUGGAUUCCAAUGUCAAACCAACAUCAAAUAGCAGAUUACUUUGUGAGCGGAUGUAAGAAUAGAACAACAAGAUCGAAUGAGUUCGGUAAAUUAUCUGAUAAAGCAACUGCAAUUUUUUCAAUGGAGAUCACCCAAGUUACUGAAAAUCCUUCUUCAAAUGAUACGAAUGUUUCAGUUUCUAAAAUUCAUAUCAUCGAUCUCCCUGGAUGUGAAGUUCUUACUGAAGACCCAGAAGCCUUAAGACUAAGAGAAGGAACUUCUCUGAACAAGUCAAUGCUUGCCUUAAAUACUCUGAUGACAGAUUUAUCUAAAAACAGGACUGGUGAUUUCAUUUAUUAUGACGGCUCUGUUGUAACUCAACUUCUUAAAGAUACUUUUGGAGGAAACUCUAUCACUAUAGGGCUCUUCAACUUACAGUAUGGAGAUCCGAUAGGUUCACAAGUGACCUUACGUAGCUUUAGAAAAUGCCAAGCAAUUUCAAAUUUCCCAACCAUUAACGAUCAACGUGUGCUCGGAAUACUUAGAAAGUACCGAAUUGAGCUGAUCCAGCUGCAAAACCAGGUGAACAUGCUUCCUGGAGAUAACGCAGAUAACUACAACCUCAAGAUUGCAGAGCUUGAAAAGAAACUUAUCGAAGAGAAUCUUGAGAAAAUGAAAAUGGCAGAUGAAAAAUCUAGACUUGUCAGUAAAAUGCAAGAAAUGAAACUAAAAUUUUAAUGAUAUUGUCAAAUCAAAGGCAGAUCUUCAAGGAGAGUUAAUCAAAUCUGAAGAAGAGAAAUUAAAGGUCUCAAAAGCACUAGUAGAGCUUCAGAUUGAAAACACUAAGCUUCAAGAGAUCAUCCAAAACGAAAAAUUUGACAAUAAUUCGAAACUUCUUCAUGCAGAGAAUGAUGUACUUGAGUCUAAUAUUAAAGAAGAAAGAGCUGCUGAAGCUAUCCAAGAUCUCCAAGAUAAACUAAGAGAUUCCUUAGACGAAAAGAGAGAAAUCGAAAUUGAAUUUGUUGCUCUCAAAAAGAACUUCAUCAACCUCCAAACUGAAGUUGAUUCUGAAAAAGCAAAGAACGAUAAUCUUGGUCUCGAGCUCAUUAAUCUUGUGAAUGAGAAUAAAGCUCUCCAAGAUGAUUCUAAUAAGGUCAAUCUUAAGCAAAGUGAUAUCUCUACUGAGCAUCAUAAACUCUUGAGGAAGGUAGAAAAACUCGAAAGCGAUCUGUACGACAAGAGAGAAGCCUUAGUAGUCGCCCAAGGAGAAAUCGAAAGACUUAAGAGUGAACUUGUAAGAGCGGAUAUCGCUGGCCAACAGAACCAACAAGACUAUGAAAACAGAAAAAUGGAGUUAGAAAAAGAGUUCAUCCAGAUGAGCAAGCAAAACCUUCACGAAAUGGAUUCUAUAAAGGUCGAAGAUAAAAACUAUGCCAAGAAAAAUGCUCUAGAAAAAGAACUCUGGGAUGGAGAAAGAAUUGACUACCAGAAGAAAAUCAAGCAACUUAAUAGAAAGAUUGAGGAGUUAACUGAUGAUCUCAGACUCCUUGAAGAACAAAACAUUGAGUUAAAGAGCGACAAGAACAGACUGACCCUUCAAGUUGAAGAAAUGAGGUCUGCAUUUAGAAACAAGUUGACUAAAUAUAUGAAUGAAAAUAAUCCAGAUUCUUCCGCUACAACCUGGAAAGCAAAAGAAGAGCUGAUCAGAUCCUACACUGAAAAAGAGGUUGAGUUAUCUCAGAGACUGGAUAAAGAAUCAAAGAGAAUUGAUGAGAAAUACAAACAAUUAAGAGCUUUAAAGAAUUAUGCUCGGUCACUGAAGUACUUAGCUGAGGACUGGGCUCCAAUAGGGCAACCCUUACCAGAAGUAUUAACUCUUCCUCCACCAGUGAUCUUAGAUGAUGAGGAUGAUAAUGAAUUUGUGAAGCAGCAACAAUCAGAAAUUGAUAGACUAAAACUUAAAAAUAGAAAUCUUGAAGAUGAAGUAAGAAAAGCUGGAGAUACUAGUGCGAAAAUGAAGCAUUUACCUGCUUCUCACGAAUCUGGUGGAGCAAUGCAAGCACAAAUUUUAAGAGAAUUAGAAUUCUUAAAAGGAAAUCCAGAUGUUCUCAAGAAGCCAGGAACAGCCUCGAUUGAAGUUGAAAAGCUAAGAAAAGAAAGAGAUAAUCUUUAUAAAGAAAAUUUGAAGCUUCAGAACUUCAUAGGCAAAGAAUCAGGAGGUCCUCAAUCUGGAAAUGUAAAAUACAUGAAAACAAAAAUCUUCCACUUGGAGAAAGAGCUAGGCAAACUCGAGAGAGAAAGGUCAGAGUUGUUAGCUAGAGCUACAAAUGCUGAAACACAGCUGAAAACCCUUCAGGAGCAUCUCUCUACAAGCACUCAUUCAUAUCAGAGAAAGAUAUUUGAUUUGAAGAAAAUACUAAAAUCUAAAGGAAUAGAUGUCAGCGGAAUAUAAUCAUCAAAGAAAUAAUUUCAAUAGCUUG